CUCAGCCAAAGCUGCUUUAAACGCUAAGAGAACUGACCGCUUUAAAACCGGCUGAGCUCCAGCCUGAACUGCACGCGCUGACCGCUCAUUCACGCUUCUUGCAUGACGAAAACUAAAGUCGAGGACGCUCCUCAGUUUUUCUCGCUCCUGUCCAAGAUCCCGCGGACCGCGCGAGCCAUGACCGGCGGAGACGCGCAGGACAGGCGCGGGCACCGGCACGCGCUGCAGGUGAGCGCGCCAGUGGGUCCCGUCGACCGCGCGCCGCCGCGAGCAAAACCGCGAGACGGCCACUCGAAACCGACCGGAGGGGCGAGUGGAGGGGACGAGAGGGGCAAACGGGGUGAGAAGAGCCACCGAGUCGCACCUGGGUCUCAAAAAACCCGCGCAAAAACAACCGGGAGAAAGAAAUCAUCCGGUGCCGGUGAGGAUUCUGGUAAAGAUCCCGGCGGUGCCCGCAGUAAGCCCCCCUGCACGGACAGCAGCUCGGAGGUUUCAGACAGCACCUCUGAGGAGAGCAAGACAGCUUUAACUAACGACGGCCAGAGCAGCGACGGAGAGAGAACGGCGGGCACGAGCCGGAGAGGAGCCGAGGACACCGUGCAGAGUGACCAUUUGGCUUCGCCUGUGGACCGUCUCACCAGUCCGCAUGGGUUGGGGCAGAGGAGUAUCUCUCCCGGAGACGAGCGGUCCUUCGCCUCGCUGGACAGCCGCUUAAACUUCGGCUCGUCUCUGGCUUUCUCAGACAUCACUGGAGACUUCAGUGAGGGGCCUCAUGGAGAGCUUCUGAGAGAGAUUGACGACUUACGAUCAGAAAAUGAAUAUUUAAAGAAUGAGAUGGAGGAGCUGCGCUCUGAGAUGCUGGAGAUGAGGGAUAUAUACAUGGAGGAGGAUGUGUACCAGCUGCAGGAGCUCAGGCAGCAGCUGGACCAGGCCAACAAGAACUGCCGCAUCCUGCAGUACCGACUCCGCAAGGCCGAGAGACGCAGCCUGCGAGUCGCUCAGACUGGCCACGUGGAUGGGGAGCUUAUCCGCUCUCUGGAGCACGAUGUCCAGGUAGCAAAAAGCGUGUCCCUUCGGCUGCACAGUGAGUUGGAAGCCAUGCAGAAGAAGAGCUCUCGGUUGGAGUGGGAGAAUGAGGAGCUGCGGGAGCGGCUGCAGGAUCUGGAUGUGGCAAAGCAGGUCCUGCAGACAGAGAUAGAUAAAUCUAGAGAGAAUUCUCUUAAGAGGAGAUCGAGUUUGAGAUCAACAGCCAGCAAGAAUGAAAAGAGACUCUCUCCACAGGAAGACAGUGCAGAUCUGAAAUGCCAGCUCCAUUUCGCUAAAGAAGAGUCAGCACUCAUGUGCAAGAAGCUGACUAAGAUGGCUGUGGAGUGCGAGAGCAUGCGAGAGGAGUUAGCCAAAUACAGGCUGCUUUAUGGUGAUGUGGAUUCAUCUCAGGCUGCUGCAGGCACCACUACCUCCGCCCACACCCGUGAAGCAGAAGUCAAAGUUCACCUGCGACUGGUGGAAGAAGAGGCUACACUGCUUAGCCGGCGGAUAGUGGAGCUGGAGGUGGAGAACCGGGGGCUGCGGGCAGAGAUGAGUGAAAUGCGGGAAAGAGCUGGGGGUGGCCAAGAGGAUGAAGACGAAGUGAUGGAAGGAGGGGGAGAGCGUCUGGCUAUGUCUGUCUGUGUGGGAGUAGGAGUGAAUGCUGAUGAAAUGGUGCAUAGUGGACAUCCAAGGUUUGAGGAGACAAAUGGAUCAGAGCACCGUCCACUAAGCCAGAUCCUCAGAGAGGGGCCAGUAGGUGGAGAAAGAGACCCCAUUGAAGACCAAGAGAAUUCUGCUGAAAAUACAGAGUGUGCUAAACAAGCCCAGUCUGAGUCAGGCUGCAGUGUCAGCCUGAAGGACUUGGAGGCCCUCCUUGCAAUCCGUGAUCAAGCUAUGCUAGUUACGUCAACCAUUCAAUUGCUAAUGGGCCAAACAAAAAAUGGACUCACACCAGCAUCUAACCAUAGCUUAAUCUGUGACACCCCUUACCUCAGCAAAAAAGAAGUUGAGUCACAAUGGAGGUCCAACCCAUGGCUUCUGGACCCCAUGUUAAGCCCUCUAACCAGUGGACUAGAGGUGCUACAGGCCCAGUUAUGUGCCCUGGUUGCAAGAUUAGAAGUUCUUGUGAAUUCAGCAUCUACUGAACAUGAAUCAAAAUGCUUGAUUUCAGAAACUGGUGAAGAUACAAAUACAGAAAAGGUGCUGGAGACAGGCAAACAAGAAUCACAGAAAUGUCCUACUGAUUACUGCCAUUCAAACAGCAGCCAGGGACACACCUGUGACCAGGACAGUAUGGAGCUGCUCACACUGCAACUGCGCUGGUUCCUCCAGCAAUGGCGUCAAGGGGAGAGACCCACUGCAGAGAGCAAGAGUCUGUUUGAGAUGGACUUUCAAAAAGAUCUUUAUCUUCAAAUGGAGGCAGAGUUACAGGAAUCCAGUAAAAGCUGCACCUCAUCUGUUGAGAAUAACCUUUAUGAAAAGUGCAACAGACAGGUGACCAGCGCUCUCCUCUCAGAUCUGAGGGCAGCGCUAAAGGAUUUAGGCUUCGAGUUGCAACAGGAGUACUGGGCCGGCCAGCGCAUUGCACAGCAGUUUGCACAAGCUAAAGCAGCAUGGAUAGUGGAGUGUACAGAACUCAAGAGCCUCGUAAGCAGGCUGGAGGGUACAUCUGGAAGAGUAGUAGCAAAGGGUUCUCCUGACUUGAAGGUGGCAUUGCAGAAGGAUCAUGUUGAGAAGCUUCAGCAUCUUUUAGCUGAGUCUUAUGCUGCAGUCAUGGAUUUGACACGACAGCUUAAGGUGUGUGAGCGUAACUGGAACUGUGAGAAGAAGGAGCUUCUAAAACACUUGAGCCAGGCUCGUCUGGACUGGGAUAAGCAAAACAAGACCAUCCAGUCCCAUGGAUUCAAGACACCACAGAAAGAAGAAGAAACCAAGAGGAUAAAUCUAAAAGUUGGCCAAUCAGCACGGAUAUAUAACAAGAACUGGUUAUACCUCAGUCAAGAGGCAGCUCUUAUGGACAGGGAAGACCCAUGUAAGACCUGGGACUGUCCUGUCAUGCGCCCCAGCUUCCCUGGUCUGAACCAAAAGCAGGAAGCAGCUCAGAAAAGCCACACCGCUCCAGAGAGAACUGCCCUGAGGAUAUACUACAGCCCACCAUCAGCAAGCAGAAUCCACCUAAGUGCUGUGACAAUAGAAGAUCAGGAUGACUGUGAGGAGCUUCGGGAGAGGCAAGAACAAACCUGCCACCUGUCUUCAUCUCAACAGAUCAAUGGAGAUUCAGCCACACUCUAUGAAAACUGGCUUGGUACACUGCCACUAGAGUGCCACAGUGCAAUAGAGCGGGAUCCCAUUGCUGCCAUUAGAUCCAGUUCUUCUGGUUUCCAGCCUAAUGGAAUUUCUUCUCCAUCUUGCUUGCCUUUUGCUUUGGAGGUCUCAGCCAAUAUGAGUGAUGACAUGAAAGAAAUGACUGCUAGUGUGCUGCAGUCUUCCCAUCCCAGCACUCCAGAAAGGAGGAGAGGAAGGGAUUCAGGAAGCCAUAUAGUGGCUGUGAUAAGCACAGGAACUCAAACACAUACCCAACCACAGAUGAACAGCGUGGGCCUCCAGACUGAGGGCCCUCGGAAUGCAUAUGCAGGAAAACACUGGUCACCUAGGGUCACCUCAUUUGUAUCUGGCCGUACCCAGCCGAUCUCGACUUCCCUGGAGAGGAUGCCUGGGCCUUCAGAUAGACUCCCUCAUUGUUCUACCUCACCUAAACUUCAGCGAAGUCACUCCGCCUCCUCCCCUUUUUCUUCCUCGUCUUCUUCCAACUCUUCAAACUCCUCUUCUUCUUUUACCUCAUCUACCUUGUCCUCCUCAUCAUCUCUGGCAAUUUCCUCCAGGCUAGAGACCUCUAAAGAGCGUGGUUUAUGGAGCCUUUCUCAAUCCACUUCUGGUUCCUCAGCCUGGGGUCGCUCCAGUACCACAAGACCCAACUCAGCGUCUGGGAGAGGCAGCGAUAAGCCCACUGGCCGCAAAUCUGCAGGAAUCCACAAGUAUGGCCUGGUUCAAGAGUUUUUUCGCAACGUGUGUGGCCGUGGAGAGAAACCCAGCCCAGGAGGAGAGAAAGCACCAGUGGUGCGUAGGGAUCACGUCAGUUCAACAAGAUUAAAGAAAACAGAAGGGCCUCCUUCUCGGAUUCCUGCCAUGCCUCUGGUCAGGAGCGACAGUGUAACCAAAAUUGUUAAUCGCAGGUUUAUGAAACCGGGUCAAAAGGAUGAGCCAGGGCCUGGACAGACACAGGGUCAGAGUCAAAACCAGGCCAACAAGACGCCCUUCAGUAAGGACAAAGGCCUUGGUCCUGUUACUCUGGAGGACGGCUCCUGUGACUGCAGCUCUAGAACUCUGGCCUCCUGCUUUGCUCGAGCAUCACGCACCAAUGUUCGCCAUGCCCACGGCCACUGCAAGCUCCGUCCACAUGAUUGCCCCACAGCAGCUGGUGGGAAAGGAGAUCCACUUCCCCAGUGAGGGGCGGAGUCACCCAGCAUUCUGAUACCACCAGCACCACAGACCAGCUGACAGGAUUCUUUAGAGAGGUGGAGAUGAGCUUAGAGCAGAGACUUUGUAAAGGUUUAAAUGGGAUAAAAGGCAUACAUGACACAAUAUGGUUGACUGACAGAUUUUUGGGCUUUUUCCACCACUGUACAAACUGUCCUACACAGUAUAAUAUGAAGGCUGUUGUUGGAUUUCUUUACUUGACAGAUUUAACUUUAGUGAAUAAAGUUGAUGCAUUUAUAAAAUAUUCCUAUGCAUGCCCAGCUAAUGUAUGUUUUUAUACUGUUUAUAUAAUUUAAU